AUGGCCUCCGGGAAGCUGGCCGACCAGUCCAAGCGGGCCUUCCUCUCAGCCCCAGACUUGGUGUCUGUCCUGCUGGACCUGCUGCGCAGCUGGCUUUUCUGUGGAGUGGGCGCCCCCCGGCCGCCGCUCCCGAAGGUCGGGGCGCGCGGAGACCGGGCGCCCUCCCUGCCGGCGGCCGGGGCUGCGCAGGCUCGGCUCGCCCGGCGCUGGGCUCCCGCGGCCGCUCGCGUGGGUUCGGGGAGGCCGCCGUCCGGAGCGAGAAGCGGCCGGGCUCGGGCGGCGGCAGAACUGACCGCCUCCGCGUGGACCACCCGGGACCGGGCCGCCCGGGCCGGCGGCGGGGCGCCCUGUGGGGCCGGCAUCGAUGACGCCGGCAGAUGCGGCGCCUGGAGCCCGGGCCCGGCGCUGGGCCACCUGGUCCCUUCCCACCCCGGGACCCGCGCAGCUCCCGCUGGCCGAGUCCUGGGAGCCCCGCUCUCCCAGAAACCAGCCCUGGGCCGAGCGGGGCGGGGGCGGCGGGGGAGCCUGGGUCCUGGAUGGCACCGCCGGAAGCGCACGGCUGCCUGGCCUGACCCCGCAAAUGCUCGUCUGCUCCGGGCGCCCCGACCCGCCUGGCUGGGGGUCUGGCCGGGGGCCUGGCCAGGACGCGGUGGUCCGUUGGUGGGCGUGUUACCCGAGCUCCUGCGAGGACAGCGCCGGCUCCCCACGCCCAAACCGCACUUCAGGGAAGAGGAAGGACAGGCUUCCUCCCGGAGCACCGGGGCCCAGGGGCGGCCCAGGACACCCCCAGGCCCAGAUGCGGGCCCAGGCCCAGGGCAGGCAGGCGAGGCCUGGGACCCAUUCUCGGGGUCUCCAUCAGCCCGUCCCUCCCGAGUCUGUUCUCUCCUCCCGGGGAGCCUGGAACUCCCCCCCACCCCGCCCACAGCUGGCCCCGCAGGCACCCCAGACCCUCCCCCACGGCGCCUCCUGCUGAACAGGCCCAGAGCCUCCGCCCUGCACACGCACGUGCUUUGCCCGCCCACGGCCACGGCCACGGGCUCUGCGGCCUCGGGCUCACACCCACCGUGGAAGCUUCCUGUGCCCCUGCCCGCCCCUCUGACCUCCUGGGCUGUCAGCAGCCCCCCACCCCACCCUGUACAAGGGGGUGCCCACCCUCUGUCCGACAAGCUGUGUCUCUAA